ACGUCGAGUAACAAUAAAAAGUUAAACGCGCUUUAGAGUUGAACGAAAGAGAAAAUCUGAAUCUACAUAUUUUGCUGUGGAGCCAAGGAGAGGAAUAAACAAAUGCGGGAGGAGAAUGGUACGAUCGAAAAAGGCGGCAGUUGCUGCGUCGACGGCAACAGCAAAAGCGUAAAUCCAAUCAACGAGACCGGAGCCGAUGCCGGAGGAACAGGCUCUGGUGAAGGUGUAUCUUCAUCUCCGACAUCUUCGUCGUUGACAUCCAAGAAUCAAGGGAAAUCAUGCAAAGGAUGUCUCUAUUACUCGUCUACUUUCAAAUCCAAUUCUCGCAAUCCUCUCUGUCUCGGCCUUAGUAGUUCCCUUCCUCACGUACCUCGAUAUAUUGUUGGGGAAUCUGAGAAGGAAGCUUCUAAAGAGGGUCGGAGCCUUACAGAUUUUAGAUAUGCUUGUGUCGGUUAUUCUGUUUACUUGGAUCAGAAAUCUCGAUCAACUGAAGCGCAAGAGGCACAAACAGAAUUACCUGUCUGUGUUGGCCUUGAGGUUUUGGUGGAUAAAAGACCCACUUCAGCUGAUGCAACUCCUGGCCAUACUCAUGCUCAUAACAGAGAAGAUGGACAUAAACCUCCACAGCCUCGAUCAAACAAACCAACUAACUCAGCUGGUGAUGAGUUCCUUACCAGGUUCUCCAGGAAUGCUAACUUGGUUGCAAUGGGGGUUGCCAAGAACUUGCGGAAAGUAGGGAACCGUAUAAAAGAAAGUGUUGAUGACAUCUUUUAUCGACGCCCAAAAUAGGAUUCUAAUCCUGAAAUAGAGAAAUGAAAUUAGCAUUGAGCUGAAUGUUGCUCCAACAAAUAAUAUCAUACUUCCGCUUCAUUUGUCUUGGAAUAGGUUAAAAGGAAACCUUGUAAUGUGUCUUUCAAGAUUCAUUUUGAAGGCAUGUCAUUUGUAGUUGACAAGCAUAAUGAGCUCUGACCAGGGGUGAGUUGUGUAAUCUUUUGUAUAAACUUGGUUAUCUUGUUGGUUGAGGAAAUGCAAAGGAAUUUAUUAAUAUUGGUAAGCAAAUAAUGUGGUUGAGCUGGAA